UUAUAAAGAAGUAGGCGCGUAAAUAAAAAUCAUGUAAAAUAUAAUUUUCGUUUAUUGUUUGAUAAUAACUGUUGAUUAUAUUUUUCAUCAAUUUGAAAAAAAAAAAAACAAUAGUGUAAAAUAAACGAGUGACGUAAAGAGAGAGAGAGUAUUAUUGUAUAUAUAACCUCAAAAGGUGAUACGCAUUUUGAUGGUCAAAGCAUCGAAAUCAAAAGCGGUGGUGAUGAUAAAUAAAAAAAACAUAUUACGAAUUGUGCAACGUUAAAAAAAACAAUUAUUUUUAUCACCCAAACCCGGCUAGAACGACGAGAGAGACGUUUCAUCUUCUAAUUUCUAUUGGUUAAUAUAAGGCAGCAAGUCUACCAACAGGUCUACCCCAUUUAAAAAAAACUGAAAUUCCCCAAAAAUAGCCGUUAUCCUAGUCAAUUAUAAAAGAGAGACACCCGAAUCAAGUCCAAAGUCACGGAGUAACGAAACAAUCUUAUUCCGUUUGUCGAGAAAACACGAACGCGCGGAUUUUUUUCACUCGAAUAAGGAAAAAAAAAAUUAAAAAAAAAACAACAAUAAUAAUUUGCAAAUACAAGUUGGUACAUUUAUCAUAAAUUAUAUUAAACAAUAAUUAAUAAUAUCGCGUUCACAGCGAGGUGCAAUUAAUUUCAUUACAGCACUUUGAAAUUCUAGUUGAAAAAAAAAAAAAAAAAAAAAGAAAAAAGGUUGAAAAAAAAAAAAAAUAACGAAAAAAAAAUAAAGCAAUAUACGAGUGAUGAGAGAAAAACGCCGGGAAGGUUAGUUUUUAUCAAAUUUUGUAUGUGUGUGUGUAUAUAUGAGGUACACCAAGCACACCAAGCAACAGCAGCGGCGACAAGCAUAGUUGUAGCGGCUUAUCUAGAUGAUGUAUUCAAUGUUCAUUGUGGUGAAAAAAAAAAAAAAAAGUGUCAACUCUUGUAGAGGUCUCUAAGGAGAGUUUUUAUUUUUUUUUUUUUUUUUUACAAUAGUAUUAGUGUGUGUUGUUGUAUUAAACAAUCAAGAAACUUUCGAAUCUUGGGAUAGGCGAAUACUCGUGGGUGCAUCCUCAAGGCAAAAUUCACGAAAGAUAAAUAAAUAAAAAAAUAAAUAUACAAAAUAUAAAAUAAUAUUUAUAAAUAUUAGUGUAUAAAAGAUUAAUUUAAAAGUAGACUAAUUUAACAAGUGAUAUUGUGUAUAAGUUUAUCAAUAAGUGAUAUUAUUUUUUUUUUGGUGAGUUUAUCAUAUUGUCUUGAUCUAGAUAACUCAUUUUGCAAAUAAAAAAAUAAGGUUAAUGAUUAAAAUACAGUUGAGCCAAUGAUGCUCACUGGUUAAUAAAUAAUAUUGUUUUAAAAAAUGAUGUGAUCAAGGAACAUUAUCAUGGCAGCACCCAUGUUAAAGUGGAAAAAACUCACAAAUCCAACCGGACCCCAGCCAAGGCCUCGACAUGGUCAUCGGGCGGUUGCUAUCAAAGACCUCAUGGUCGUAUUUGGCGGUGGCAAUGAGGGCAUUGUAGAUGAACUUCAUGUAUAUAAUACAGCAACAAAUCAAUGGUUUGUACCAUCAACAAAAGGUGAUAUACCACCAGGUUGUGCAGCAUAUGGUUUUGUUGUUGAAGGAACAAGAAUACUUGUAUUUGGUGGUAUGGUAGAAUAUGGUAAAUAUUCAAAUGAAUUAUAUGAAUUACAAGCAAGUAGAUGGGAAUGGAAAAGAUUAAAACCAAAACCAUCUAAAAAUAAUCAAAUACCAUGUCCACGUCUUGGACAUAGUUUUACAUUAAUUGGUAAUAAAAUAUUUUUAUUUGGUGGUCUUGCAAAUGAUAGUGAUGAUCCUAAAAAUAAUAUACCAAGAUAUUUAAAUGAUUUAUAUACACUUGAAUUAUUACCAAAUGGACAAACUGCAUGGGAAAUGCCACAAACAUUUGGACCACAACCACCACCACGUGAAUCACAUACUGGUGUUGCAUAUAAAGAUAAAAAAACUGGUAAAUCAUGUCUUGUUAUUUAUGGUGGUAUGAGCGGUUGUAGAUUAGGUGAUUUAUGGUUUUUGGAUGUUGAUACAAUGACAUGGAAUAAACCAACUGUACUUGGACCAACACCAUUACCACGUUCAUUACAUACAGCAACACUUAUUGGACAUCGUAUGUAUGUAUUUGGUGGUUGGGUGCCACUUGUUAUUGAUGAUGUUAAAGUUGCAACACAUGAAAAAGAAUGGAAAUGUACGAGUACAUUGGCAUGUCUCAAUUUAGAAACACUUACUUGGGAACAACUUAGUGUUGAUACACAUGAAGAAAAUGUACCACGUGCUAGAGCAGGUCAUUGUGCGGUAGGAAUACAAAGUCGACUUUACGUUUGGUCAGGACGUGAUGGUUAUCGUAAAGCAUGGAACAACCAGGUUAGGGUUUGCUGUAAAGAUUUGUGGUUCCUUGAAGUUAGUAAACCACCACCACCAUCACGUGUACAAUUGGUACGUGCAUCAACAAAUUCAUUAGAAGUCAGUUGGGCAGCAACACCAUCAGCGCAAUAUUAUAUAUUGCAAAUACAAAAAUAUGAUAUACCACCUGGAUCAGCUGCUGCUGGGCAAUCAUUGACAACUCCAAUUGGCACAUCAGCAAUACCAUUAACCCAACCAGCAGCAUUGCCACCACCACCACCCCAACCAACACCAACACCCACACCUACAACAACAGCAGCAGCAUUACCAUUACAGCCAACAACUCAAUCACCAGCUGUAAAAGUUUCAGCAGCUGUUACUACACCAAUUGCUGCAGUAACACCAAUUGCUUCUGUAACACCAAUUGUUCCAAUUGCUACUGUAACUCCAACCCCACCAACAAUACCUGUUACAACACAACCAUUAACAACUGUUGCUCAAAUAUCAACACCGACAAUAACACAAAUACGUGCAACAAUGCCACAAAGUCCAGCAAGAGUACAAGCAACAAUACAAGCACAAUCACAAUCACCAAGACCAAUAUCAAGUCCAACAAUAGUUAAAUCAGCAAGUCCAAUGACACCACGUCUUGGUGCUGGUAAUAUUAUUAGAGUACGUUCACCAAUUGUCAAUACUGCUGCAACAACAUCUGCUGUUGUUGCAACACCUGAUAAUAUACAAACAACAUCAUCAUCACCAUCAACAGCAGCAGUAGCAGCAGCAACAACAACCCCAAUACCAACAACACAAGUUGUAACGAGUCAAUCACCAACUGCAAUGUCUGGUAUUGCAGCAUUAGCCGCAGCAGCUGCAGCAACACCAAAAAUAAGUAUGAAUAAUGUUAUAACAACAAAUGUUUUACCACAACAAACAAUGACAAAUACAACAGUACGUAUGAAAACAGUACAACCUGGACAACAAAUACGUUUUGCUGCACCAGGCUCAACAGUAUUACGUGCAAUAUCACCACAACAAAGUAAACAAAUAAUAUUACAAAAACCAGGACAAAAUAUAAGUGGACAACAAAUAUUACAUGUUUUAAAACCUGGACAAAAUAUGGUAGCAAUGCCAAAAAUGAGUAUAAUACCUGGUAAAAGUGUACAAGGUCCUGGUGGUAAAACAAUUAAUCAAGGACAAACAAUAUUACGCCUUGUUAAUCCAAAUUCAGUUGGUGGUUCAAAAAUAUUAACAAUGAAAAGUUCAAAUUUAGUUACAAUGAGUAAAGCACAAGGUUUAGCUGGUAAACAAACAAUAAUGUUAACAAAACAAGGUGGUAAUGGUGGUUUAGUUGGUAAAGGUGGUCAAUUUAUUGUUGUUACAACUGGUUCUGGUUUACGUACUGUACAAGCUGUUACAACAUCACCAGCUGGUCAAAGUAGUGGUGCAUUAACAACACCAGUUAAUGUAUUAACUGGAGCAAAUCAUAUUACAAAUCAACAAGGUUUAAAAAUGAUUGUUGUAUCAUCUGGUGCAGCUGGUGGUAUUACUGGUAAACCAAUAACAAUAACUGGACAUGGUGGUAUGACAAAAACAGUUACAAUAUCAACAAAAGGUAGUCAAGGUACAAUAUUUUCACCAAAAACUCAACUAGGUACACCUGGUAAACCAUUAACAUUACAAAUGGCUGGUGGUCUUAGUAAAACAUUAACAUUAAUGCAAUCAACUGGUUCAAUUGUAACAGCAAAUAGUGGUGAACAAAUUGAUACAAGUAAAAUAAUGUUUGUACCACAAAAACAACCAACAGCAUCACUUGCAACAACAUCUGAUGGACCAGCAACAACUGAUGCAGCACUUGCUGCACUUGCUGCUGAAGCUGGAUUAACAGAACCAUUACAAGAAAAUCCAGGUAUUAAUUUUAUGGAAACUGAUGAUAGUAAUGCUGCUAAUAAUGAUAAUAAUAAAACUGAUGAUAGUUGUAAUGGUAAUGAGGCACAAAGUGCAGCAGCAUUAGUAUCACAAUUAAGUGGUGAUCCAAUGCAAGUUGAUGGUGAUGUUAAUUUUGUCAUACCACAAGUUGAUGGUCUUGGUGAUUUAUUCUCAGAUGAUGAUAAUGAUAAUAAUGACGAUGUUGAUACAAAUAUAAAUCAAUCACAAGCAACAACUGAUAAUGAUAACAAUGAAUCUGAUAUACAACCAACAGUUGAAUCAACACAAUCAAAUAUUGAUGAUGAUAAUGACCAUGAUAAUAAUCAAGAAUCUGAAGCAAAUAAUGAUACUUCAAUUGGUGAUGAUGCUGCUCUUAUUGAAGAAGCUUUACGAAAAAAUGAUGAUAAUGAUACUAUUGAAAAUACAUCAGAAAAUUUACAAGAUAAUAAUGAUGAAUCUGAAAUAGCACCUAAUGAUUUACCAGUUGAACCAAGUGAAUCUAAUCUUACAUCAGAAAGUGAUAUGCAAAUUGUAAGUAAUGCACCGUCAGAAGGUGAUUCAUUUCCAACUGAACAAUCUGAAUUACAACAACAACAACAACCAACAAGUCAAGAAUUAUCUGAAAUGUCAUUUGAAGAUGAAGCUGAACAAAAACACAUAAUAACUGAUCAAUUAGAUACAUCACAAGAAAAAGAAGAUGAAGAAAAGUUACAACAACAACAGCAACAACAAGAUCAAGAAAAAGAAAAUGAAAAGGUAGAUAAUACAAAUACAAAUGAAAAUGAAGAAAAAGAACAAGAACAUGAACAAAUUGAACCUGUUGUAAAUAAACAAUGUAAACAAGAACAAAUAGAUAAUGAUUUACAACAAAUGAAUGAUGAUGAAAAUGAUAAAAUUGAUAAUAUUGAAAGUGAGCUUGAAAAAUUAAAUGCUGAAACAACAAAUGAGCCAGAAAAAAAUCAAGAUAAUAAUUUAAUGAUAAAUAAAACUGAGGAUGAGCCAAUGUCAACAGAUUCAUCAAAUGAUAAAAUAACACCACCAACUCUUCAAUCAACUCCACCACAAGUACCACAAGUACCACAAGAACCACAAGUACGACAAAUAAAAUUAGAACCAAUAUCAGAACCAAUGGAUGAAGAUACAGAAGGAAAUAAACAGCCUGAAACUGUAACAAAUGGUAAUUCAACAACAAAAGAAAAUGAAGAACAACUUCAGCCAAAAAUAAAUCAAAUAAAUACAAUACCAAUGACUGCACCAGUAAAAAUUGAAGCUUCACAAGAAUCCAAUAAUAAAGAACAGUUAUCAAAAGUUGAAAAACAAAAUGAAACAAGAGUUACUGGUAGUGGUGAUUCAACUGCACUUUCAACACUUGCAACAGCUGCACUUGGUUCAGUUGAACAUGCAAUAAAAUCAACAAAUAAAAUUGUUAUUAAUGAAGAAGAUAAAAAAGAUGCAAAUUGGUUUGAUGUUGGUAUAUGUAAAGGAGUAACAUGUACUGUACAACAUUAUUAUUUACCUGGUGAUCAACCAAUUGAUUUAAAUUUACCAAUUGCUGAAAUAUACAAAGGUAGAUCAAAAUUACCACUUGAAUCUGGUGUUGCAUAUAAAUUUAGAGUUGCAGCAGUUAAUAGCUGUGGAAUAAGUGCUUGGAGUGAUGUAUCAGCAUUUAAAACUUGUUUACCUGGUUAUCCUGGUGCACCAAGUGCUAUUAAAAUAUCAAAAUCAUCAGAUGGUGCACAAUUAUCAUGGGAACCACCACCAAGUAAUCUUGGACCAAUAUUAGAAUAUUCAGUAUAUCUUGCUGUACGUAAUGCAAGUUCUGUAUCAAAUAGUGCAGGUGGUGAACCAACAACAGUAUCAACAACACCAACACAAUUGGCAUUUAUACGUGUUUAUUGUGGACCAACAAAUGCAUGCUGUGUUCCAAAUAUUUCAUUGAGUGCAGCACAUAUGGAUACAACAUCAAAACCAGCAAUUAUAUUUAGAAUAGCUGCAAGAAAUGAUAAAGGAUAUGGACCUGCCACUCAAGUCAGGUGGUUACAAGAUCCUACAACUGCAGUUAAAAAUAAUCCACAAGUCAAAAGAUCAGUUACGGAUAAUCGUUCACCCGGAUAUUCACCAAUUAAAAAAAUUAAACAAGAAGCAUCAGGUGACAAUGUUUCGUGAGCUAAUUUCACUAAAUUAAUUUUAUCUAAAUAUUCAAAAAUAUUUUCACUACCACCUUUCUCCCUUGUGCUCAUAAAAGAAACAAAAAAAAUUAUCAAAUAUUUAAUAUAAAUGCUUUUUUUUUUUUUUUUUUCCCAUCCCCUAGAUAAACAAUUAUCCCAACAUCUUUUUUUUUUUUCUUUUUUUUUUUUCAAUCCUACAACAAAUCCUACAACAAAAACGUUUCAAUUUGAAGAUUUUAAUUUUCAUUUUUUAAUGCACAUGUUGACAUUAUUGUCUAUGAAUUUAAAUCAUAAUGAUAUUUUGUUUAAAAAAGACAAUAUCACAUUGAAAUAUACUUGAUUCGCGAAUGUGUUAUAAAUAUUUAAUGUGUAAUGCUAUCAGUGGUUUAAUUAUAUCAAAAAAAAAUAAAAAUAACAAUUGAAAUAAUUAACAUUAUUAAUCGAGGUACUCCAAGUGUUCGAAUAAAAUAAUAAACAAUUGAUGAAUAUUGAAAUUUCGUGUUUUAUAAAAAAUAUUAAUUUUUUUUUGUAUAUUUUCUUUUAUUAUUUAUUUUUUUACAGGCAAUUACAGUAAAAAAUUCGAAUAAUUUUUAUAAAAUAAAAAAAAAGUCAGUAAUUGAUUCUGUGGGAAUUUGUAAGUUUGCUUGAGUUCAAGGCAGAAGAAAAACACGAAGGUUAUUUCCUUGUGAAUUAUUUAUAAACUUGGUUAAUACCAAGCUUUAUGACUCGCGAUCAAUUGAUAGGUGCUUGAUUUAACCUUAUAUAUAGAAUUUUUUCUUUUAUUGUCUUUAAAAAAAAAUUAAACAAAAUUCAUUUACUAUUAAACUUGAUAAAUUAAAUUUACGAUAAAUUAAAAUUUUUUAACAAUCAGUUUAACAAUUAAAACAGUGAAAAUUUUUCUUUUUAUUUAUUCAUCAAUUUAAAUUUCACAUUAAAUAUUAAAAUGUAAAUUUUUGGCAUUGAUUAUUUAACAAAAAAAAAUCUUGACCAUUAUUUUUACAUUGUAUAUUAUAAAAAUAUGAUAACAAUCAUUUAAAAUAUUUAAACAAAUUUUGAAUCACGUUAUUUACAUUAAACUUUGUAAUUUUAAUUGUACAAAUUAAUAAUAAAUAUGAGUCAUAAAUUGAUAAAUAUUUGACAAUGUCAACACUCUACAAUUUUGAAAAAAAAUAUGCAAAAAAUAUUAUUAUAAAAUUUUCUACAGAUCAGAGUUUUAUAAUAAAUAAAUAAUAAAAUAAUAUUAAACAUAAAUAAAACAACUGAGAAUAAAAUCAAAUAAUAAUAUUUGAAAAUUUAUGAAAAUAAUUAUUUAAAAUAAAAUCACAUUGCAUGUUUUUGUUGGUCACAAUUUUUAUCACAAAAAAAACUAAUAAUCCUCGAUGCAACGAACUUUUUAUUAUUUAAAAAAAUAACAACAAGAACGAGCUUAUAAUUAUCAACUGUCGAAUGAAAAUUUUUCUACAGGAUUCAUUGUUUUCUACGGAUAUUUAUAUAAAAAUAAAUUACUGAAAAUAAAAAAAAAUUCGUAGUAUUUAAUUCCAAUGAAUCCCGAAGGAUGAUUUAAUGAUUUUUCAUUCGCAGAAUGACAAAUUAGCUUUGAUAAUGACCUAUCUAUCAUACAACAAGAAUGUGUACUUUAUUUUUUUUUUUUU